ACCCCAGGCCCCGAUGAUUUCCAACUAUUGGACGGUCAGUCUUCCUUGCUGGUUCGUCGUUUACUCGGUGGGUCAGUCUUCCUUGCUGCUUUCACAUAUCUCUUGAGUCAAUUGUUAGUGGAUCCGGUAGGUGUAACAUUGUGUUUGGAUUUGGCGAAUGAAGGUUGUUUUUUAAAGGCAUCAAAACUUCGCAAAAAAAAGAAUUUUGGAAGUUUUACCCAUUAAUAUUAAACUCAAUAUUUUUAAGGCUAAGUUCUUUUCUGAUUCAAUAAAGAAACCCGUUAAUUUUUUGUUUAGAUCAUUGAUUCAUCGUAUCAACCUGUUUAGUCAAUGGUUUUACCUCCCUUGAAUUUGUGUACCUCGCCUCCAAAAACUUUUCGAAACAUAGUGUAAAAAUAAAAUGCUUUGAGCUCCUUCUUAAUGGGGUCGUGCCUUAGUACACUUGAGACUGCUCUUCGCCAAGUUCAGCAUUGUACAUGUCGAGAUGAAUUUACAAGAUAUGUCCUAUGUAGGGGUGAACCCAACAUAUCCUGGUAAUGUUUGGAGUGAUGCCAGUAGGUCAAGUAGCGAGGUCUCAUCUGUGGCAGUGCCUUUAGAUCCCCAGACAAAGGGUGAGAUCCUGCAGUCACCCAAUUUGAGGAGAUUUUGCUUUAGUGAACUGAAAACAGCAACAAGAAACUUCUGUCCAUAUUAUUUAUUGGCUGAAGGUAAUUUUGGUUAUGUCUUCAAAGCGUGGAUUGAUGAACAUUCAUUAGAGGCUGCAGGGUCUGAGACAGGCAUGCCUAUUGCUGUAAAGAAACUUAAACAAAAGGGUUGCCAGGGUCAGCAAGAAUGGUUGGCAGAAAUCAAAUACCUGGGGCAGCUAAUUCAUCCAAACCUUGUAAAAUUGAUUGGCUAUUGCUUAGAGGAUGAUCAACGGCUUUUGAUCUAUGAGUUUAUGUCAUGUGGCAGCUUAGAGAAUUAUAUAUUUAGGAGGAGUCCUGAUAUUCAACCACUGUCUUGGAAUCUCCGUAUGAAAGUUGCCUUUGGUGCUGCUAAGUGUCUGACAUUUCUUCAUGAUGAGGCUCAAGUGAUAUAUCGAGACUUAAAAACUUCUGAUAUCCUGCUUGAUUGGAGCUGUAAUGCCAAACUCUCGGACCUUGGUUUGGCCAGGGAUGGGCCUAUUGAUAGUAAAAGCCAUGUCACCACAAGAGUCUUGGGUACUGAAGGCUAUGCAGCUCCUGAGUAUAUAGAAACAGGUCACCUAACAGCAAAAAGUGACGUAUACAGUUUUGGGGUUGUCUUCCUUGAAAUGUUAUCUGGCAGGCGGGUUAUAGACAGAACCAGGCCGUCCACAGAAAGAAAUUUAGUUGAGUGGGCAAGGCCUUACCUUAGCAGCAGACGUAAUGGUUUCCAAGUGUUGGAUGCUCGCAUUGAAGGUCAGUAUACUUUUGGUGCUAUGCGAAAAGCUUUUGGCCUUGCACUCCAAUGCCUAUCAACAGAACCAGAGUUUAGGCCAAACAUGAAACAAGUGAUAAAAACUCUAGAGCAACUUUAUGAUUCUAGUGACAAUAGUUGCAUACGCAGGGUCUUGUAGCAAAAUCCUACAAAAGAUCAAUGACAACUCAAGCAAAUAUCAGAGGAAGGGGUCAAUAAAGUUGGCAAUGAAAAAGCUGACCAUCUUCUCCUCUUUGGGCAAUGAAGAGUUAAAAUAGUUGAUACAUGCUUAACCAUUUUUGUUGAUUCAAGGAAAACUGCAGAUUGUAUUUGUAUGUAUUGAACAUUAUAUCUUGUUAUAAACUUGUAUAAUAACAGUCCAUUCUAGUCACUUUUUCAAUUCUAUUUAUCAGAGCUAAACAUUUUUCAUGAUGCUUGAGGAACAAGUUGCCUCUCAUCUGAAGAAGCUGCUAUGGCCUUGUUUUUAAGCUACAGAAUUAUAAAUCCAUGUUCAGCUUGGGCUCCUAUUAGAAUUA